AUGGGCUCUGUAAUUGCGCAGACGCCCGUCCGGCCUGUGCCAGGCAUCUGGCCUCAGACUCCUGCCGCGCGCCCUCCAGCAAUACCUGCUCCUUCCUUCCAGUCUUUCACGACGCCAAUGUCCCGCCCGGCCCUCAUCCCUUCUCAACCCUCGACAACCCUCAUCACCACGAAUCCUCCUGAAGCGCCCGUUCAAGCGUCAAUGCGGCCACCCGAAGCACUCGAGCCCGUGGAAAGAGCUGCGCGCACAAUCAACGAAUCUCUCGCAAGUGAAUCGCGAUUCCCAGAAGUCGACAGUUACUUGUCUCAGGGUUACUCUGCCGAUUAUGAUAUCCAGUCUUCGACAACAUGGGCACCGUUUCAGAGAGCCGGCUUCUACAGAAUCCCAGACGAGAUAUUCGAGCAGUAUAAUAAUGCGCAGUUGACGACGAGUAUGGGACUAUUUCCGGAGUUGAGGUAUGCUUGGACUACAAUCGACAAUGCCCUGUACAUGUGGGACUACUCUGCAUCGAGGCCCGAACUACUGGGUUUUGAGGGACAGUCGCACAGCAUCCUUGCUGUUAAACUCGCUGUCCCUCGAGCGGGUGUCUUUCUACCGAAUAUCAAACAUGUCAUUGUCAUUGCGACAACUGCAGACAUAUUUCUGCUGGGCCUGGGUACAGACUCGAGUCCAGGCGGCUCACCUGCUCUAUCUCUGUUCCAGACUGGUAUGUCGGUCUCAGUUAGGGGUCUCGAUGUCAGUGUCAUCGCUUCCUCCGCAAAAACUGGGAGGAUAUUUUUCGGUGGCAGGACGGACAAUGACAUAUAUGAGCUCACAUAUCAGCAAGAGGAUCGGUGGUUUGCAAGUCGAUGUUCGAAGAUUUGUCACACUAGCGGUGCUGCCAAGUCUUUGACGUGGACGUUCAGCAGCUUCAGUCACGGUCAUCGAGAGUAUGUGGAACAGAUCGUGGUGGAUGACAGCAGAGACCUCCUUUACACCCUUUCUUCCGCUUCUAAUAUUCGCGUAUUCCACAUCAAGCCCGGAGGCGGAUUACCACUUUUGGUCACAAAACCUGCAUCCGAGAUCUACGAUAACAUCGGUCAUAUCAUUAACCAGAGCGAAUCCCUCAACAAUCGAGUCAAGAUUGUAUCGAUAUCAGCUCUUCCAGCUGCCGAAGCGUCAAGAUAUCACCUGGUAGCUGUCACAGCAACUGGUUAUCGAAUAUACCUCAGUGCCAAAAGCGCCACAAGCUACGGCUACGGGUCUUCAGCUCGAGCCGGUGCUCCAAUCAGCGUACAGGCACAACAUGUCAAAGUACCGCCGCUGUCGUCCAAUACAGGCCAUUCAAGCACAUGGGGUACGGGUUCUUCGAGCGAUGUUCAUCAACCCAUCAAGACCUUGACGACGACUCGACUUGCUGCGCGGUACUCGCCCGGAUACUUCUUUUGCUUCACUGCUAGGGAUGCCAACUCACCCACUGACCAAUUAUUUAUUUCUGCCCCUGAUGCCGGUAGACUACUGAGGAGCUCCGAACCCGGGCAGACAAGUCGAACUUCGGAAUCUGCAAUAUGGCUCUCACUCGGCAGCCGUGCAGAGGACAUAGGGUUGGUGACCCCAUACUCUGCUCCCAUCUCAAGCCCGGUCGGCUACGGGAAUGACUUGGCCGUACAAUUUGACAAGCCUAUCCCAGAGGUUGCAAUCUUGACGAACACCGGCAUCCACAUCAUCAGAAGACGCCGCUUGGUGGACAUUUUUGCGGCUUUGAGCAGUCAAGGCGGCGGACCCGAAGGAUUUCAGCACGAGGUCAGCAACCUGAUUCGGGCUUAUGGGAGGACCGAGACUCUGGCAACAGCGCUUGCGGUCGCCUGUGGUCAGGGAGUUGAAGACACCGGCAAUGCUCAGUCGAUGCGGGUCAACGACCCGGAAGUCCUCGAGCUUGCUCGCAAGACUUUCAUUGAGUACGGCGGCAAGCCAAGCAUCAAUCAAAACUCAAUCACGGACAGAUCGGUCCCUUUGAUCGACGCUGUACGACCUUCGCCGCGCCACGCGGCAAUUGCUUUGUACAUUUCUCGCUUAUUGAGAUCAACGUGGAAGAACGUGAUUGCAAUGGAGUCGACCACACCGGCCGGCUAUCAGAUCAAUCCUGCCGUACCUCUCAAGAAGUUGAGGGACGUCCAAGAAUCGUUGUCCGCGCUCCAACGCUUCUUUCAGACGAACAAGAGCUUCAUCAAAGGUCUUAGCGGGCCUGAUGAUCUUCCAGCAACAAGCACCAAGGACGACGAGAUCGCUCUGCAAGGAGAACACCGUGCCUUGCAUUCACUAGUCAAGUUUACAUCAGACACCAUUGAAGGCCUUUCUUUUAUUCUAGUCUUAUUCGAAGAGAAGGUCGCGGAGAUAGUGCCACUGCUGCCGGAGACUUCCAGACCAGAGAUGCUGAAGCUUACUUUUGAGGAACUCUUCACGACAAAGAAAGGUUAUGAGCUUGCGAAAGAGCUCGUCAAAGCCAUCGUGAACCGCAAUAUCGCGAAAGGGUCCAAUGUCGAGACAGUUGCUGAAGCGCUCCGCAGAAAGUGUGGGAGCUUUUGCAGCGCAGACGAUGUCGUGAUAUUCAAAGCACAAGAGCAACUGAGACGAGCAGCAGAAGCAGGGACGAAUGGUGACUCUUCACGAAAUCUUCUUAAUGAAAGCUUGAAACUCUUUGAAAAGGUGGCCCACAGUCUGCCCCAUGACUACCUGGAGUCGGCUGUGAAACAAUACACGGAUCUGCAGUUCUUCGCCGGAGCCAUACAACUUGUCCUCCGGGUUGCUCACGAAAAGGACAAGGCUAAUGAGGCCUUGUCCUGGAUGGCGGAAGGUCGGCCAGAGCCAGACCCUCGGAAAGCAAAAUUUGAUCUCAGGAGUCAGUGCUACGACCUCAUCCACGCGGUCAUUGUCGCGGUGGAUAAGACCACCGAGCAAGGUCCAAGUUUCGUGGAUGGUCACCCAACGAUAGCUGUGACCAGGCGGAACGAAGCAUACGAUGUGAUCAGCCGUUCAAAGGACGAGGCGUUUUUGACGAAUCUCUACGAUUGGUAUCUGCAGCAGGGAUGGUACGAUCGCCUGCUCGCGACGGAAUCCCCAUUCAUUGUCACUUACUUGCAACGCAAGUCGUCUGAGGACAUCCUUUAUGCGGAUCUGCUGUGGAAAUACUACUGCCAGACGAAUCAAUUUUCCGAGGCGGCCAAGAUCCAAUUGCAACUUGCCCGAAGCGCUUUCCCACUUUCGCUUGAAAAGAGACUCGAGUAUCUGAGCAGAGCGAGAGCCAACGCAUCCACCUACACCCCGGGAGGGAGCCGUAAGACGAAGCAACAGUUACUGCAAGAAAUCACCGAACUCAUUGACAUCGCGGACAUACAAGAAGAGGUGCUCCAACGCCUGCGUGACGACUAUCGACUCGGGCCCGAACGGAGACAAGAAGUCCUCGAUCAAGUCAACGGACAGAUCCUGGACAUUAACACGCUGUUCAACAACUAUGCGGACAAUGCCGGGUACUAUGACCUGUGUCUCCUGAUCUAUCAAGUUGCCGAUCAUCGGGAUCCGGCACAGAUCAAGCAAACUUGGCAGCAGCUCCUUCAGUCGGUGCAUGACAAGGUGCAAGAGGAAGGACAGAUCCAGCCGUUCGAAGCCAUUGCCGACGAGGUAAGGAGUCUGGGCAGCAAAUUACGCGUGUCGGAGACGACGUUCCCUGUCCAGACUUUACUACCCAUCUUGGAGAAAUACUCGUUCGAACAUCAACGCAACGUGGCGCCUCCGCAUUGGGUCGUUGACAUUUUCCUUUCCCUGGAGAUCCCCUGUGAGCGGCUUUUUGAGAUCUUGGAAACGAUAUUCUUCUCGGGCGAUGCUCCCUUUGUGGGAUCUAAUCGCAAAUACAUCGCGUCAGAACUGGUCUAUGUGGUAGGUAGAUGGUUCCACGAUUCGACGCGGGCAGGGUCUGUGAUCUUUGGGAGUGAAGCAGCCGCGACGAGAGUGCAGGAAACAAUGCGAGCCUUGUUGCAGCAGGGGAGAGCAGCAGGCCUAGAUGAGGAAACGACAAGGGUUGCCCGGGAGGUUGUAGAGAGAGUCGGCCAACUUCUAGGAUGA